GAAAAAAGGAAAAUCACGUAAUAAAAAUAAUACAACUUCUAAAAUUCGUAAUAAAAAAAUAUGAUGCAUAACGAUAUGACAGUAAAAUCAACAUAAAGAUAUGCAAUAUUAUAAUAAUAUCGCUCAGUCUCUCUCUCUCUCCCUCUCUUUUAAGAAAUGAUCGGGUCAGUGAUGCUCAGACAGACAGUGGAGUACUUGGAUGGAGGCUUCGUCGCAGUCUGCAGCGUUCAUUCCUAACGUGUCUGUCUACAUCUAAACCCACCACAGGACUGGACAAACCGGGACUAUAUAACUUGCUUUGUCUGAUAUGGAUACGCGUGCCGUGCUGCAUUAAUUAAAGAGGGGGACAUUUUAGUGAUGCCAACAUCCAGAGAGCAUCUGUGUUGUCGUUACAAGCGCGCGUGCUGAAGUUGGAUUGCGGAUCGUUUAUUGUAUCGAGCUUGAAACACAAUCCGAGCCGUUUUGACACCGCGGAUGUGUCUAUGUUGUGUAUGGAUGUGAAGACAUUCUCUUUACAUCGCGCGAUGCGUUUCUGUUGUCUCUGACACUAUAUGGGGAUGUAUGUAAAUAAAUGACAUUAGUUUAGUGUUAUCAUCACGCUUGUUUGUGUGUACACUUCGCUUAUUCGACUGGAGGAGACGGAGAAUGAAUUGACGGACUUAUUUUACUGAAGAUCCUGAGGACUAAGAGAUAAUAUAUCGCCAGUAACCAUUUCUAUUUUUGGAAUAGAGUUCUUCAAACUGUUCUUUCAUCGCUAAUUUGACUAGCGUAUUGUGCUUAUGUGGAAAAAUUUAACUUUACAGGUUUUAUUGAAGUCAGACCGAAUCAAUCUGACUGUACAUCGACGAACGUCAUUUUAAGGGUUAGAGCGAGUUAAAUAAAAUAAAAUAAAUAAUAAUAAAAUCCCACACAUUCCAGAAACUUGUUAAAACGCUGGAGGACCGUCAAGAAGAUGUUGCAUGGAUUGUUGUAACUGCUUUCUAGUGUCUACAUCGUAUCAUUAGGUCCAUCUAUGCACCUCCUCAUAAAGAUCAGCUGACCAUCUAAGGGCGUGAAGUUCUUCCAACCUUCUAAAUAUCUGCUUCUACUUCAUUCAAAGAGCAUUUAAACUCAAAGAACCAUGGAUAUUAAAACCGAGUCUGAAGAUAAUCUGGACUGUGAUCGUCCCGCGCCCAUUGAAGUUUUCGCCAGCAGGUCUACGCUCCAUGGCUUCUCACACAUGUUCAGUUAUGAACGCCAGUGCAUCAAACGAUGCAUCUGGAUCAUGUUUUUCAUGGGUUCGUUUUCGUUCUUGGUGCUUGUUUGCGUGGACCGCAUCAAGUUUUACUUUCAGUACCCCCAUGUCACCAGGCUGGACGAGGUCACAGCACCAAUGAUGGCGUUUCCUGCCAUUACCUUCUGCAACCUGAACUCUUUCCGCUUCAGCCGCGUGACGCGCAACGACCUGUACCACGCGGGUGAGCUGCUCGCGCUGUUAAACGGCAGGUAUGAGAUCCGGGAUACACACUUGGUAGAGGAGAGCGUUAUGAUGACCCUGAAGGAUAAGGCGGACUUCUCCAACUUCAAGCCCCGUCCCUUCAACAUGCGCGAGUUCUACGAUCGAACGGGCCACGACAUUAAGGAAAUGCUGCUGUCCUGCUACUUCAGAGGAGUCGAAUGCAGCCCCGAAGACUUCUCUGUGAUCUUCACGCGGUAUGGAAAAUGCUACACCUUCAACUCUGGACAGGAUGGACGGCCACUGCUGAUCACCAUGAAGGGAGGAAUGGGAAAUGGGCUGGAGCUGAUGCUGGAUAUCCAGCAGGACGAGUAUCUGCCUGUGUGGGGAGAGACUGAUGAGACGUCUUUCGAGGCGGGAAUCAAAGUCCAGAUCCACACGCAGGAUGAACCGCCUUUCAUCGAUCAGCUGGGAUUCGGAGUGGCUCCAGGCUUCCAGACAUUCGUCUCCUGCCAAGAACAGCGGCUGACAUAUCUCCCUCCUCCAUGGGGCGACUGUAAGGCAACACCCAUGGACUCUGAUUUCUUCAGCACAUACAGUAUCACCGCCUGCCGCAUCGACUGCGAGACACGAUAUCUGGUGGAGAAUUGCAACUGCCGCAUGGUGCACAUGCCUGGAGAUGCUCCAUAUUGCACUCCGGAACAGUAUAAGGAAUGUGCAGAUCCGGCUCUAGAUUUUCUAGUGGAAAGAGACAAUGACUACUGCAUUUGCGAGACGCCCUGCAACAUGACGCGCUACGGCAAAGAGUUGUCCUUCGUCAAGAUCCCCAGCAAAGCCUCUGCCAAAUACCUGGCCAAGAAGUUCAACAAGACGGAGCAGUACAUUGCAGAAAACAUCCUGGUGCUGGACAUCUUCUUUGAGGCCCUGAACUACGAGACCAUAGAGCAGAAGAAAGCCUACGAGUUAGCCGGCCUUCUUGGUGACAUUGGCGGACAGAUGGGGCUGUUCAUCGGUGCCAGUAUCUUAACCAUCCUAGAGCUCUUUGACUACCUGUAUGAGGUGAUCAAGUACAAACUCUGUCGUUGCGCCAAGAAGAAACACCAGCGCAGCAACAACAACGACCGAGGAGCCGUUCUCAGCCUGGAUGAUGUGAAGCGUCACGCUCCCUGUGAAAACCUUCGUACCCCGUCAACCUACCCAGCCAACAUGCUACCUCACCAUCCUGGCCAGGGCAACUUCGAAGACUUCACCUGUUGAGCGUAAAGCAAGAGCGGCCUGUCUGACAGAGAACAACCAAAGCUGACCACAUCAGUACGGACCCCAUUCACAACCGGACAUUACAGAACAACCUUCUGGAUCUGCCACACACUGGAAAACCACCAUGUCUUGAGAUAUAUCCAGACAUUGGAGGAAUGGUACCGAUCAACAAAGUAUAUUUUCACUAACACGUUCCAUGGAAACCUUUUGAUGUUUUUUGAACAUUUCAAGGAAAUACUGCCUCAAAAACGAAACUCCUUGAAGCCUAAGAAAUUACACAUUAUGUGACUUGGACAUCGAAUAGCUUUCCGCAGCUGGACCCUGAUGCCUUUUGUGUACAUAGUGACGGCUCUAAACUGUCUUAAGACCAGUGGCUUACGUAGGUCAGUAGAUAAAUAUAGCGCUUAUUCACUGUAUGUAGCCUCAUUAGUCCCAUCUGCUGGAUCUAUUCAGCCUCAGUGUAUCUCACGAGAAUGUAACUUCCCGAACAAGGUGACCAUUACAAGCGUCAAUGGGGGGUUUCGGGGGGCUGGAGGGUUCAGGUCCCAUAUGACAUUGUGUUACAGGUCUCAUCUUGUAAAUGCAUGCUGGUCGUCCUGUGCAUGUUUUUAGUUUUAUUUAGAUUUCAUUAUUACUCUCGCCAAGUUUGCCUCAAUUAUAUACAAGUGUUGGGAGAUGGUGUAAAGUUUGUUUUUGUGUGUAUGUGUGUGCGUGCUCAGGUUUUGCUGUUCUUGUGGGGAUGAAGUUUCUCAGUAACCCCAGAAGAAUAGCAAGCUGACAAAAGCACCUUGUGAGAACCUCUUUGCAAGGAUACAUGAUUCAAAAUGAAACUAAACAAUGUAUAAAUGCCAAAACGGUUUAUUUUAAGUUUAGGAUUAGUCUGUUGUAUAAUUAGCAUAUUUGGCAAACAAUAAAUGUGAAUGGGAAGUCCCCAAAAGUAUACAGUGGCCCCAAAAGAUAUUUGGACAAUUCAAUUAUUCUUUUAAAUGUGUCAAAAGUUGUUGCAUUAGAUUGCACAUCAAAAAUGCUGCAGGAUUGUUUUGGUGAUUUUUAGUGGAUCUAUGAUGCCUGUUUUUCAUUUUUAAGACUACUGCAAUCAACUUUUUGUCAAAUGUUUUGUCACUUCAGUUGAUAUUUUGUGACUGACAAAAUUACAUUCAUGGCUUGUUUACACCUGGCCACUUCAUGCGUUUUCUCUGAUCGGAUAGCUAUCCUAUCUUGAAAAGACCAGUUGUAAAUACCCUCCUAAAAUGCUUUUGAGAUGGAUUUAAAUCUGAUCGCUCGAACCACUUCAGGAGGUGGUCUGGGCCGCAUUCCAGAUGAAACUAAACACAUGUAAAUGCAUCUGGUUGUUGAAACCACUUAGUGUUGUCAACAGUGUCAACCGCGAUAUUAGUCGGUACUGACAUUUUGAAAACGUCCAUUUCCCACUAACAUUUGAGCGCUGUUGAGCGGAUUCUUAAACACGGCUAAUUGGUCAUUGUGUGCA